AAUGAGUGAAUAAGAUCAUGAUGAAUAUUAUGAUGAGCAAGAAGGAGAUUAAGAAGGAGAUAUGGAAGGUGAUGACUAGGAAAUUGAUUUUGAAAAUAUGACACCAGAAUAGUAAUAAUAAUUUUUGGCAAUGCAUGGUAACAAACAGUUAUCCAUAUUAAUAUAGGAUAAUAUUAUUAAGGAGAGGAAGAAGAUGAAGAAGAAGUAGGUGAUGAAGAAGUUGAUGAUUAAGAAUAAGGGUAAAGGUAGAUGAAUUAAGGAAUGGGAAGUUCAUCUUAAUUUUAAUAAGAUAAUGCUGAAGAAUCAAGACAUAGUCCAGGAAGAAGAGAAUAAAAUGAUGAAUAUGAUCCAGAUGAGAUCUUAAGAAAAGUAAAAAGGGAUUUAUUAGAAAAUGUAAAUAGAAUAAGAAGGGAAAAGAAACUGAAUCCAUUAUAUAUAGAAUUAAUGCCUGCAAUUGUAGCAGAAAGAUAUGCUUCUCAUUUGCUUGAUAAUGAUCAUAGUGAUGCUGAAUUUAAGAAAUUGUACUAUUAAAUAAUUAAUUUUGAAUAGAAUCGAAUUUUAUAAGUAUAAUGAAAAGAAAUUAGAUGAUCUUAAAUUGAUUUAUAUUGUCUCCAAAUUUGAAGAAGAUACUAUACCUGAUGCAUAAGUUAUCUAUGAUUAUUUUAUGGAAAUGGGUUAUCUAUUUUUUGAAGUUGAAGAUGAUAGAAAAAUAUUGCUAUCUAAUGAAAUGAAUCAUAUAUCUAUUGGUGUUUCAUGUGAUGAUAAUUAAGUUGCUAUUGUUUAUAUUGUAAGUCAUAAAGACUUAUGUGUUACUAAAAUUGAAGAUAGUAAUGAUGGAUGCAUUUUAGUUCAUGGAAAGAUGCUUGAAGAUUUAGUAGGUGUAUAUGCCUUAUAAAUAUUACCUUUUUCUAGUGAUUCUGGUAAAGUUCCUGAUAAAAAUGAAAAUAAUAAAAUAGGACCUGAACAUAUUGAAUUUGAUAGAUAAACUAAAUGUUUUGUUGCUAAAAUUGGAAAUCAGGGAUAGCCAUGCACAUAUGAUAUCAGAUAAUACAUUGAUUUGUAUACUAGAAAUACACCAGAAUCAAUUCCUUACAAAAAAAGCACAAGAGAAAAAUUAAAUUUAAAACAUAUUGAAUUAAAACUAAGAAUACCAGUCAUCUUCUAUCCUGAUCCAAGAUAUGCUCAUGAAGAAUAAGAAGCAUUAUAAUCUCAUUAAUAAGAAGAAUAGGCUUAAUAAGCUAUAUAAGAUACUCCUAUUUAACAAUUAGAUGACUAAAAUAGUGAUGAUUAAAAUAAAGAUAAUUUAUCUUAAGAUGAAAAUCAAAAAUAAAAGGAAGAUGAAUUUAUUCACAAAUUUUAAAUGCCAAAAGAAUAAUAAUUAUCUAAUAAAGAUAUUAAAGAAGAAUUAGAAAUUGCUAUUGCUGAAGCAUAAAGAUAACAUGAUGAACUUUAUGAUCACAAUGUUAAUUUAUAAUCAAAAAUUAAAUAAAUAAGAAAUAAAUAAGAAGUUUAUGCUGAUAAAACUGGAGAAAUGACAAUGAAUGAACAUAAAUAUUUAAAUACAUUAGCUCAUGUACAUUAAAUUAGAUUAGAUCUAUAAUAAACUUAAGAUAGAUAUAAUUAAAUGGCAUAAGAAUUAUAAUCAAAAUUAGAUGAAAAAUCAAAAAAAUGUAAUGAAAUUAGAUAAGCAUUUAUGGAUUUGAAGAGAGAAGUUGCACGAAAGGCUGCUUAUUCUAGAACAGAUAAACCUAUUCCUGAAUCUAGAAUAUCAGAAUGGGAAGAAUAAGAAUCAGCUAAAAAUAAAACUUUAUAAGAAUUAAGACUUGAUACAUUAAGAUUAAAAAAUACUUUAGCAAAAAAUUAAAAGUAAUUAAAAAAGAAAGAAGAAUUAGCAGAAGGUUUACAUUUAAUUGAUUUUGAAUAAUUAAAGAUUGAAAAUCAAACAUUGAAUGAAAAGAUUGAAGAAAGAAAUGAAGAUCUUCAUAAAUUAAAGAAUAAAAAUACUAAGACAGUUUAAAUGUUAACACAUACUAGAGAGAAAUUAGGUUAUGUUAAAGCAAAAUUUUAAGAUUAAGAAAAGAUAAAUUGUAAUAUAAUUUAUGAUUUUAUUUUAGAAAAAAAAAAGGAUGAUUUAGAAGGAUUACGUAAAAACUUAGGAGAAUAAAAAGAAUCUAAAGAUAAAUUAAGAACUGAAAAUCUUAAAUUAAAAUAAUAGACAGGGUAUUUAUAAAUAAUUAAAAUAGUAUUGUAAAUCGUCCUGAAUUGAUUUAAGAUUAUAGUAAUAGGAAAAAAAAUAUUGAUUAAUUAAAAAUUGAAUUAGAGUAAUUAGAGGUAUUACUUAUAUGUUUAUAUAAUAUUUUAGCAAAAAUUAAAACAUAUGUAGAAGAUUAUUGAUGAAUAUUAAAAUCAUCUUAAGAAAAAGGAAUAAGAAUAAUAGAAUAAGCAAAAAGUUAGACUUAUUUGA